UGGGGUUCAGGCUGUAUGCGGCUCAGCUAUCCGAUUAUGUCACAGGCAAUGCUCGUAGUUAUCAACCAAGCCCCUAUGUGACGAUGAUGAGCACCGUCGCCUCUAUUGCCGCAACCGAAAAGUCCGCCGUUCGCCGGCCGGAUGUGCCAGAUUGGGAGGCGACGGCCAGUGAUGCGGUUAGUGAGGAAAAGCCUGCCAACCCACGCAAGAGGAAAAAGAGCUCUCGGGCUUGUGAUUUUUGCCAUGUCAACCACCAACCAUGUGACAAUGCAAAACCACGAUGUGGCUACUGUGAGAAGCAUGGAAAGCAGUGCCUCUACCUACGACCCCAGAAGAAGAGAGGGCCGGCUCAGGGAUAUCGCAAUGCCCUACACAGCAUGCGAGAGAGUGCAGCUGCUUGGGGCGUAGCAUUGAGCUUGAUCCCCGAGCUGGAUACCAUGGUGGAGGCGGCAAUUGCCCAGAGCGAGCAGGAUGGCCACGCAGUCUCUGUGUCAGUUAAGGACCCAGACCAGCAAGAUGCCUUAAUUGCCUCGUGGCAGCAAAGUCGGGCCUUCAGAGCAUUCUUUGGCGACGAGGCGGCUGCAAGCGCAACGACCGGGGCGGCAGCAUCAGAGAAAGAGGAAGGCUCACCAAAAGUGAAUGAAAGACUGGCUACGGCUCAAAGUACUCGUUCUGAGCUGUCACAGCCACCUGCUCCUCUGGCGGGGACAGAUUGGCCGCCGGCCAAGACGGAUUCGCCACCGCCGAAACGUACUAGCUUUCUCACGUCACCUCCGUUACAUGACGGUAGCCUCACGGGAAGCCUAAAUAUGUUUGACGGCAUGGAUCACGGUUUGGGCUUGCCAUUUUCAGUUUCUGACUUGGUAGUCAAGGACGCAGAAAGAUCCUCUGAUGGAUUCUCUCAAACACUUGGAUCGCUCGGUUUCGCGCCGGGUGAAACUCUGGAAGAUUUUGUUGCCAUGUCCUCCAAUCCCGAGCCAAUUCGCGAAGGUGCAUCAGAGGAGGAUCCUUCUCUAGGAAGUGAGAUGGACCAGAAAGCAUAUUAUGAACUCCUCAUGGGAAAAAGCUUCUUUCCUUGAGCAUGGGCUAGGCUCCACUGUAUUGCGAGAAGUAUCUCCUUUGCAGCAGAGCUGCCGCAUGCCAGCGGUCCCCGAACCGAGCCAUUACAAACAGGAAAUGUUGUUGUCCGGCACAUUCCACGUUGAAGACUACAGAUUUAACGAGGACGAUGACUAUAAUUGGGUCCGUUCAGUCCCAAAGAUUCAAGUAGCCGCGGGCGGCUUGGAAACUCUCUAAGAACAGUCUUCUGCCUCUGAUAGACAGUCACCGAAACAAGCGAGAGGGCCGUAACCUCAGUGACUAGACAAAACUGGCAGGGGAGAAUAAGGCUAUUGCAGGCAUCCUCGGCACGUAUUCGACAAAUACACAACCGAUGCCGUGUCCAUUCCAGAUUGCGACAGCGCAAGGCCUAGUCCACACCACAUGGGUUGUGGACUUUUAUGAUGCAGCAGAAGCUUUUUUUCUGGUGACAUGUCUGGCUAUUAUGUGAUCUAUCGAGGGCACCGCAAAGCAGGGAUCAGAUAACUAACGACAUCGACGUGGAAGAUACCAGUGGUGUCAAGGGGCUUUGGCUUUCGCAGCAGAAAGUAUAAGGGAUGGGAAGGAUGUAAGGUAGAUUCAUACCUGGACGGGAGAGGGACAAGGGAAAAAAUAAGAACAAAGCUAAGUUUCCGUGUGUCCAAUGAGUUAGAAAUACUAUAUAGUUUCUCGAAUGGACGCGAAAAUAUGGCAAUGUCGAUGAGCAAAUGGGUCUAAAUCAGGCCUCCGAGGGUUAGGGGACAAUUGUAG